AUGCGGGCCGGGACGGAUAAGACCAAGGUUGGGCUCAGGGAUCGGAUUGCUUGCUUCCAGUGGACUUGGUUCACCAUGACCAUGGCUACGGGGGGAAUUGCAAAUGUGCUGCAUUCGAUACCGUACAAGUCGCAAUGGCUGACCGGCGUCGGGCUCGCCUUCUUCUUCCUCAACCUUUGUCUAUUCGUGAUGAACUGCAUCUGCAUCACGCUCCGGUUCCGCUGGCGCCCGGGCAGUCUGGUAGAGUCGUUUACAGACCAGCGCGAGAGCUUGUUAGCCACCAUCCUCAUCACGAUAACCCAAUACGGCACGCCGCACGUCGGCCCCUGGCUGCUGAGCGUGGUCGAGGCGCUCUUCUGGCUGUAUGUCGGCGUGAGCAUCCUCAUCAGCGCCAGUUUAUACCUGACUCUGUGGUCAACCCAAGUCUUCCCAAUCCACACCAUGACCCCCGUCUGGGUCUUCCCCGCCUACCCUCUCCUCCUCACGGCCCCCUUCGGCGGCAACCUGAUCGCAGCGGCCCACAACACGGGCCGGCUGGGGCGGAUCAACGCCGUGCCCGUCACGCUGGCCGCCGUCACCGUGCAGGGCACGGGCUACCUGAUCAGCUUCAUGGUGUGCGCCGCCUUUCUCUACCGGCUCAUGACCCAGAAGCUGCCGCGCGACCACCAGCGCCCCGGCGUCUUCAUCAGCGUCGGCCCGAGCGGUUUCACCUGCGCCGGCCUCGUGCAGCUGGGCAGCCUGUCCGCCGCCGUGUUCGCCGAUGCCGAUGCCGACUACGACUACUUCAUGGGCUCCGAGCAGCAGCAUGCCGUGCAUAUCCUCCGCCUGCUGGCCUACAUGACCGGCCUGUGGCUGUGGGGGCUGAGUGUCUGGUUCUUUCUGGUGUCGGUCGGGUCGCUGUGGAAAUACCUCCGUCCGGAGGGGAAGGGCAAGCUGAGGUUCCAGAUGACGUGGUUCUCGUUUGUGUUUCCCAAUACCGCGCUGGUGACGGCGACCGAGGUACUAGGCACCGCAUUCGAUAGCCCGGGGCUCAAGAUCUUCGGCUGCGUCCUGACCGUGUUUCUGGUGUUGGUGUGGCUGUUGGUGUUUACCAAGAUGCUACGGUGUCUGUGGUCGAGAGAGCUGUGA